CUUCGACUGUACCACACAGUGCUCAAAGUCCCACUCCCAUUGUACCUUCAUCUCGAGAAGCAUGUCGUCUCUCAACGGUAAAAUGGUUGUGGACAAGGAGAAAUCUCCUGAUAGGCGGUCGAAAUCGUCGCGAAACCACUCAACCGAGACGCAUAGAACGAAACGUUCUCACCGGUCUCACUCGCGAGACAGGGAUAGGCGCGACAAACGCGAAGACUACGAUGAUCGUCUCAAGAGCCACGAAAGACGCGACAGAUACAAAGACCGGGACGACCGCCAUGACAAAGAAAGGCAUAGGGAUAGAGAUUAUGACAGGGAUCGAGACCGAGAGAGGCGUCGCGACCGCGAUGGGGAGCGCCAUCGCUCGGAGAAGGAAAGGGCGGAAAGCCGGCACAGUCACCGCGACAGGGAGCGAGACGAACGGGAGUCUCGAGACAGACGCAGAAAGCGAGACGAAGGGGAGGACGGCAUAGAUGCAGACGAACGUUUGAAGAGGAAGAGGCAUGAUGACGGCCCAGAGGAGUCGUCACUGCCUGCCCCUCCUGCGUCGGCGGGUCUUCCCCCUCCUCCCCCUCCAAUGACGGACAGUCCUCGCCGUCGCAGAGACAGCUCACGGGAGCGUGACCGCAGGGCACCAAGAGCACGCGAUCCUCGCGACGAAUUCGACGACCUGCCGCGCUAUCGCCGCGAUAGGGAGAGGGAGCGUGAACCGAGCCUCAGAAGUCGAGGACCAUCUGUGCCGAUGGAUGAGGUCAAGGAUACUCCUCCAGUUAGGCGGCCAUCCCCAACCUACACAAUGCCUAGCGAGGAUCCUAUGAUGAAUCCCGAUGAACUGAAAGAGGACGACUCUGAAGCUCGGUCGGUAUUUGUCUCUCAGCUUGCCGCACGACUCACGGCUCGUGACUUGGGUUACUUCUUCGAGGACCACCUCGGAGAAGGCUCUGUGAUGGACUCCCGCAUAGUAACGGAUAGGAUCUCGAGGCGUUCAAAGGGAAUUGGUUAUGUCGAGUUCCGUACGGUCGAACUUGUCGACAAGGCUAUCAAUCUCAGUGGCACUGUCGUAAUGGGUCUGCCUAUCCAGAUACAGCAUACUGAAGCCGAGAGGAACAGACUCCAUGCAGGAGACAGCAACCUCAACCUUCCGCCUGGCGUCAGCGCCCCUCAUGGCGGCAUGCAACUAUAUGUUGGGUCUCUUCAUUUCAACCUCACCGAGUCCGAUAUCAAGCAGGUCUUCGAGCCCUUUGGGGAGUUGGAGUUCGUUGAUUUGCAUCGUGAUCCUACUACGGGCCGCAGUAAGGGUUAUGCGUUCGUGCAAUACAAACGUGCGGAGGACGCCCGAAUGGCCUUGGAGCAGAUGGAAGGCUUCGAAUUGGCGGGCCGUACUUUGCGCGUCAACACAGUUCACGAGAAGGGGACGACGAAGUACACACAGCAGGACUCUCUGGAUGAAGCCGGCGGUGGUAAUCUGAACGCAGCUUCGCGACAGGCGCUGAUGCAGAAAUUAGCCAGAACCGAUCAGGCACCGGUACGGCCCCAACCAAUUAUGAAGCCUAACAUUCCACAGGCCAUGGAGUCUCGUUCUGUUUUGCUGAGGAAUAUGUUUGAUCCCGAAGAGGAGACUGAACGUGACUGGGACAAAGAUCUCGCUGAGGAUGUCAAGAGCGAAAGCGAGUCAAAGUAUGGUCCCGUUGACUUCAUCAAAGUCGAAAAGGACUCUCAGGGCGAGAUCUAUGUCAAGUUCGAUUCCGUCGACGCCGCCAAGCAGGCCAUCCAGGGCCUCAAUGGCCGUUGGUUCGGUGGGAGACCCAUCACCGCUGCUUUCAUCUCAGAUGCCAUCAUGCAGGCCCAUAUGUAAACCGGUGGAUGCAAGAGCAAGAGUACGAUAUCCUUCAAUGCCGAGUACUGAAUUUCUCUAUGAUACAGGUUAUCGAGACGUACGAUCGUAUAGCCGCUGUUUCUGCUUCUAUGGCCCAUAUCCGUUGUUCUGAAAGCCUAUCUAUGCUGUGCAGAUAACAUCGCCUCCUGAGGUCGUCCUCAUCGGGGCAUCAAAAACGGUAGUUUGAUCAGAGGCAGGUGUAUCACCUAUGCUUGUUCAAUGCGAUUUCUUGGUCCACUUCUCAAAGUGACUCCUUUGUGCAGAACCGACUUCGA